AUGAAUACCCACAACACGAAGCAACAGCCAUUCCAGCACGAACCACUAUCUCAGCCUGCCACUCACAUCAGACUAUUGAAGUUGUUCCCCUUCCACGAUGAGUUGGCCCCUAUGGCUGGUGAAGUGGUGGAAUUUGCCCGCUCGGAACUGCGACGAUACUUAGCUCUCUCAUACGUCUGGGGCCCUGAAACUCCGAUGGUGACAAUCUACCUACAUGAAAAGCCGGUGGGCAUCCAUCAGAACCUCUAUGCCUUCUUAUGGCAUUACCUGCGGACCGGUCGAAGCGAUCUCUUAUGGACUGACGCUCUUUGUAUAAAUCAGACGGACCCGGUUGAGAAAGGUCUCCAAGUUGAGUCCAUGGGCGAAACCUUUCGUGGAGCUUCUGCAGUUGUCAUUUGGCUUGGGCCACCCGAGCAGACAGUGUCGGAAAUUAUUGCAGCUGCAGCCAAUGUCCCUGGUGGAAAAGAUGCCUCCUUUCCCAAACAUAGUGGCCAACACUACGCCGACGUCGUCAAGCGGCUUUCAAAAAAUCCAUACUGGACUCGGGCAUGGAUAGUGCAGCAAUUCAUUCUUGCCCAAGCGCUGUUUGUUCAGUACGGGUCGACCUGGCUUACGUGGGAUGACUUUCUGGUAUACUUCCUACCUGAUUCUAUCGCCGGGGCCACACGAGCAACGCACAGUAUAGACCCCGAUGAGUCCCUUGCAGUUACUCCUUGCCCGAACCCCCAUAUCGACGAACUGAUCGACCGCCGGAGGCUAUGGCACGACCCAGGCUCCGACGAGGAUGCCACCACUUUGAUGGAUUUGGUCGCUUUGAACCGUUCCAGAAAGUGCAAGGACCCUCGAGACAGAGUCUACGGUGUCCUAGCACUUUCCAGACGUCAGACACCAGGCUCCAUAGCCAUCACCGCCGAUUACGCAAUCACAUCAGUUGAACUGUUCUUCAGGGUUAUGGAAGCCCAUAAUGCAGUGGUCUUGAAGAGUCGAUAUUAUUCACGGGAACCAGUGCUCGAAGCCUUAGAGCUGGAUCGGUGGCUGAGUUACGAUUCAUUGCGCAAUUGUCUACCACCGGCUUCCCCCCGGGCGCACAUUGUGUCUUGCGAUGGACCGAUCUUCAUACGUGCCCGGCCCGUUGGAAUGUUUGACCCAACUUCGCCGUUGCCGGUAUGCAGUCUGCGACAAUGGUGUGAAUGGUCUCCGUACAUGGUGCCUCUCAAUCCUCCUGAGUACAGAGUGGACGUAUUGAGUCCUAUCCAUUCGGCCGAUUUCGGUGCUGGCGGCCAUGGUGAAACGGUCUCCAUUCACAGUCUUCACGAUCUUGGUUAUCUUUCGUUUGUGCACAGAUGCCGCCCAGAUAAACCAGCUGCCAGCAUAGCCUACGCUGAGGAGGCUUUCCAACAAUCGAACCUGGAAAACCUAGACGCUAUUGCCACAGAAGCUUUCUGCGGUCUGGACAAGUCUUGGGAUGUCCCGCUUAGCGCCAGGUCGAGAUGAUUGAAAGAGAAGUUCUUGAAGCGCAUUACGGAGCCUGGCUUUUUGAUCUGAAAGGCAUCACUGUCGUGAAAAGGCCUUCCUUGGGGUGUCAGGACUUUGUUUUGGCUUUGGAUCGCAAGAAGUAUGUCAGCCUAGUGUCUACUUGUUUUGAGAUUCGGCGCGAUGAGUCUAUUUUCAAGGCAGUGGACCUGUAUGACUUUGAUAUUUCGCGAGAUAGAGAUUCGAGGUCUCAGUCGGUAUUGGCGGAGAUACUUAGCCAGAUCUGAGCAUUACUGUGCUGGGGUGCAGCUCUCACUCGAUUCC